AUUAAAAGUAUGGAUCUUUGAGUUUAUUUAUUUAAAUAUGCUUACGGAUUGUGAAUAGAUAGAUAGUAGAUAAAUAUAAUAAUAAUGGUUAGAUUUAUAAAUAAAGUAGGUGCUUUAAAUUCAUGUGCAUCAAGAAUUAGAGUUUAUGAAAGUUUCAUUAAAAGGUUGUAUAGUUCUGAGGCUGAUUCUAACACGAUUGAUGUCGCUAAGAUUAGAAAUUUCAGUAUUGUAGCACAUGUUGAUCAUGGCAAAAGUACUUUAGCUGAUCGUUUACUUGAACUAACUGGUGUUAUUAAGCCGGGACAUGAAAAUAGGCAAGUGUUGGAUCAAUUACAAGUGGAGAGAGAAAGAGGCAUUACAGUUAAAGCUGUAACAGCAUCACUAAAUUACACAUUUAAUAAUGAACAAUAUCUAUUAAACCUUAUAGAUACUCCAGGUCAUGUUGACUUUUCCAAUGAGGUAGUCCGCAGUGUCAAAGCUUGUCAAGGAGUAAUACUAUUAGUUGAUGCUAAUGAAGGAGUACAAGCUCAAACAGUUGCUGUCCACUCACUAGCCAAAAGAAACAACUUAAUCAUUAUACCUACUCUUAAUAAAGUUGAUUUGCCUCGUGCAGACCCAGAAAAUGUUAAAGCUCAGCUAAAAUCCCUCUUUAAUAUAAAUCCUGAUGAUGUUAUGAGUAUAUCUGCAAAAAAAGGUUGGGGAGUCCAAGAAUUAUUACAAGCUGUUAUAACCAAAAUACCUCCACCCCCUGCAGAUUUUAAAAAGCACUUUAAAGCCAAUAUUAUUGACACAUGGCAUGACAAAUAUAGAGGUAUAAUGUGCUUAGCAUAUAUUGAAUCGGGGACCAUACAAGUUGGUCAAACAGUGAAGUGGAGAUCUGAUUUGAAGCAACACACACUUAAAUAUUUGGCACUUUUACGACCAGGCGAAGAACCUAUUGAUAAGGCAGUUGCGGGACAAGUAGUAAUGGUGGGCUGUGGUCCGAAAGGCGGCGGUUGUGUGGGAGACCAGCUGCUGUCAUUAGAAUCAGCAGAAAAUAUAAAAGUAGCAACAGCACCAACUGUAAAACAUAUGGUUUAUGCUGGGAUAUAUCCUGCAGAUCAGUCUCAACAUACACAGCUUAGUGAUGCUAUAAAAAAACUUGCUUUAAAUGAUUCAGCUGUUAGUGUGAAUAUAGAUUCUAGUCCGGCUUUAGGUCAAGGAUGGAGAAUAGGCUUUUUAGGUCUUUUACAUUUGGAUGUUUUUACACAACGACUUUUACAAGAACACAAAGCUGAAGCCAUAUUAACAGCGCCAUCUGUGCCGUAUAAAAUCAAAGUUAAAGGUUCAAAGCUUAUCAAACAAUACAAGGGAGACGAAGUGUUGAUCACGAAUCCUUUACAACUACCGGAAGCAAGCAAUAUAUUGGAGUAUUAUGAACCAUUAGUUAUAGGAACAAUAAUAACACCGGUAGAAUACAUUGGAGCAGUGACAACCCUAUGUGUCGAUCGGCGAGGCACACCCCUGCCAUCCAGUGCGGUCGAUGACAAAAUGACAAUGAUGCAAUUCGUCCUGCCCUUAUCAGAAGUUGUCAUUGAUUUUCAUGAUACUUUGAAAAGUUUGACAUCUGGGUUCGCGAGUUUUGACUACCAGGAUCAUGGAUUCCACCCAAGUGCAUUAGUCAGAAUGGACAUUGUUCUAAAUGGAGUUUUAGUAGACGAGUUGUGUACAAUAGUGCACACAAGUCGCUUAGAGUAUACUGCCAAAAAGUUAACUGCUAAAUUAAAGGAAAUGAUACCACGUCAAAUGGUGCAGAUCGCGAUACAAGCUAUUGUAUCAGGGAAAGUGUACUCUCGUGAAACAAUCAAGGCAUAUAGGAAAGACGUGACUGCUAAAUUGUAUGGAGGUGAUAUUACACGCAGGAAAAAGUUGUUGAAACAGCAAUCUGAAGGGAAGAAGAAAAUGCGAAGUGUUGCCAACAUUAAAAUACCAAGAAAUACCUUCAUAGAUGUGUUAAAACGAUAAUAGUUUGUAGAGAUAAAUAAAAUUUACUGAAUUU